AGAGCGCGGAACUCGGAGGCGACGGCAGCUUUGCAGUUCUGAAGGUAUUGGCUUAGCUUCCUGUUUUGGCCAAGAUGUGCGACAAACCGGAUCUUUCGGAGGUCGAGAAGUUUGAUAAGAAGAAGCUGAAGAAAACGAAUACGGAAGAGAAGAACACGCUUCCUUCCAAGGAGACCAUUGAACAGGAAAAAGAGUCUGCCAAGUCAUCAUAGACCAGCGGCAUGAAGCUCUGAUGUUCUUUCUCAGCUCUUUUUUUAAAACAACUCGAGAAAUGCUGCAGCAGCCCAUCUCUGGCUGCUGCCUCUUUGGGCCUUUUUGCCUCCCCACCCUCCUGCCUUUCUGGGCUUGGCCACGCCCUCUGCUUCCAUCACAGAAGGAAAAAUGAUCUACAGGGAAUUUCUGGGGUUUG